AGGAUCCCAGCAGAGGAGCUGAGAGUGAACGGCAGAGCGCGCACCGGACCAGCUCGUUAAGUUGUCCUCUUCCUGUCUGUCUCCCUCAUUCUCUUGCAGCCCCAGCAGCACAGAUAAACCGGACUACCGGGCUACUGACAAAGAAGAGAGUCCCCCAGCACUCCAGACAGCCUCAGACUGAUCGUCACCGGCUGUUUUACUCCGGAGACUGCGGAUUUUAUCCUUGAUCUUCUCCGUGGAGCGGAUACCGAGCUAAACUAAGUCUUUGGACAUUAAAUCCGCUCCUUUUUUUCUAAGCUUUUUCGCUGGGAAAUAAAACCCCCUAUCCGUGUGCCGGUCCACCUGUCUUCUCUGCCUGUGGUUCAACUGCACCGGUCAGACUCGGAAAGAGCAACAGCCUACACCGGCGCAUCAGUGAGGUAGAAAAGCCCUACAUCAAGCUGCAGUCAUGGAUGAGAUGGACCUGCCCCAGAUGAAGAAGGAGGUGGAGAGCCUCAAGUACCAGCUGGCCUUCAAAAGAGAGAAGUCCUCCAAAACAGUUACUGAUUUGGUGAAGUGGAUAGAGGACGGCGUCCCUGAGGAUCCCUUCCUAAACCCGGAGCUGAUGAAGAACAACCCGUGGGUGGAGAAAGGAAAGUGCAUCCUUCUCUAGAAGAAGCCGUCCACCCUGCCAAAACCUUCCAAUUUUAAGCGUGCUGACCAACACACACCUACAGAACACACCCUGAACCUGACCCCCCCCACCUGCCCGUCGAGGCCAUGGCAGGACAGCGCCUCCUAACCUCUCACCUUGAAUGUACAACAGCUGAUAUCCCCAACCUCCCCUGAACACACACAUCCCCAGCAAGGGCACAUAAACACACACUGACAGACACACACUCUCACACUGACACUCCUAACGUUGGGUUUUUCCCAGACUGCCACACUUUCACUGCAAGUUUAUUCCUGCCACGUCAAUGCAUCAUUACUAUGAUAUGACGACGAUGAUCAAUACUCCUACUAUAUGUCUCUAUAUGGAUAUAUGACAAUAUAUGACGACUUAUAUGAUGGAUAUAUGAUGGAUAUAUGACAACUUAUUUAUGCAGCUGCCAGUCACUAGCUUUCUCUCUGUUCUUACAAUUGACUUCUCUACUCUUCAUUGUUAGCAUAGUUUUUUUUUCCUUCCGCUUCUGAUGAGCUGAUGAGCUCUAGUAAACUAAACUGUAGAGUCACAUUCUCACUGCCAGAAUGACUGCAGAUCUGCUGGCUUAGUUUUGUUUCAUGGUGAAAUAUUAACCACUUCCUCCUACAAAAUGAUCACUAUCAUAAAACAAACCUGAAAGUUAAUAGAUUGCUUAAGUCUGUGGUUCACAUAAUAGUGACAUUAAAGCUGUUAAUAUCUCAGUAAAACUGAAUAAACUACCUAUAAAAACCUGUAAUAAUCUGUAAUUAAAUGGAGAUACUUUACAUCUUA